AUGGAUCAAGAACAUUCACUAGAUACAAUUCGGCGCAAUACUCAAGUAUUGGGGCAUUUGCAGAAACUCAUGGUGGCUAACCGUGGUGAAAUAGCCAUUCGAAUAUUUCGAACAGUUCAUGAACUGUCUAUGAAAACAGUCGCAAUUUUUAGUUAUGAAGAUCGAUUGUCAAUGCAUCGAUAUAAAGCCGAUGAGGCAUAUCAAAUAGCGAUUCAGGGAAAAUAUACACCGGUCGGUGCGUAUCUUGCGCAAGAAGAAAUCAUUCGUAUUGCGAAACUUCGUGGUGUUUCAAUGAUUCAUCCGGGUUAUGGAUUUCUCAGUGAAAAUGCAGAAUUUGCGCGAAAAGUUGAAGCUGCUGGAAUGGCAUUUGUAGGUCCUACACCGGAGGUAAUUGAAAAAAUGGGUGAUAAAACGAAAGCACGACAGAUUGCAAUUGAGUGUGGAGUUCCAGUUGUACCAGGUACACCUGGCCCUAUUUCCACCUUGGCCGAAGCUGAUGCUUUUAUUGCUGAAUAUGGUUUUCCAGUCAUUAUAAAAGCUGCGAUGGGUGGCGGUGGCCGUGGCAUGAGAGUUGUUCGUGAAAAAGCAACUCUGGCUGAUUCCUUUGAGCGUGCAAAAUCCGAGGCUCUAUCUGCUUUUGGAGAUGGAACUGUUUUCCUUGAACGUUUUUUGGAUAAGCCUAGACAUAUUGAAGUACAAUUGCUAGCAGACAACGCUGGAAAUGUGAUUCAUCUUUUUGAACGAGAUUGCUCUGUUCAACGUAGACAUCAAAAAGUAGUGGAAGUAGCGCCAGCUAUGGAACUCGAGACAUUAGUUCGUAAUGCUAUUUUAGACGAUGCUAUUAAACUUGCCAAAGCUGUAGGAUACCGAAACGCCGGAACAGCAGAGUUUCUACUCGAUCAAAAAAAUAGACAUUAUUUUAUUGAAAUAAAUCCUCGAAUUCAAGUUGAACAUACAAUUACGGAGGAAAUCACUGGAAUUGAUAUAGUUGCAGCACAAAUUCAAAUAGCUGCUGGUGCAACACUUUCGCAACUUUCUCUUUCACAGCAACGUAUUCAAAUACGUGGUUGUGCCAUUCAAUGUCGCGUGACCACUGAAGAUCCUUCACAAAAUUUUCAGCCUGAUACUGGAAAGAUUGAAGUGUAUCGUUCUUCUGGUGGAAAUGGAGUACGCCUUGAUGGUGGUGCUGGUUAUGCCGGGGCAGUAAUUAGCCCGCAUUAUGAUUCAUUACUUGUAAAAGUCACUGUUCGGGGUAGUAACUAUGAGGUCGCACGUCGGAAAAUGUUUCGAACAUUAGUAGAAUUUCGAAUUCGUGGAGUGAAAACUAACAUUCCUUUCUUACAAAGAUUAUUAACUCACGAAGUAUUUAAUUCCGGAAAGACAUGGACAACAUUUAUUGAUGAUACUCCGGAUUUAUUCAAAUUAGUUGGGAGCAAGAAUCGUGCCCAAAAGAUUCUACGAUAUUUGGGCGAUGUCGUUGUCAAUGGUAGUAGUAUCAAAGGACAAAUUGGUGAACCUAGUUUCAAGCAGCCCAUUCUCUUACCUACUAUUCGUUCUCUUGCGGGUCCAGAAUCUGUUGAUUUACGUCAUCCACCCUCCCAUGGAUGGCGCCAUUUACUUGUUGAGCAAGGUCCAGAAGCCUUCGCCAAGGCUGUGCGUCGAUAUCCUGGUGUUCUAAUUAUGGACACAACAUGGAGAGAUGCACAUCAAAGUUUAUUGGCAACGAGAGUCAGGACUAUAGAUCUGUUAAACAUUGCUCCACAUACAGCUCAUGGACUUGCUAACGCAUACUCAUUGGAGAACUGGGGUGGAGCAACUUUUGAUGUUGCAAUGCGUUUCUUAUACGAAGAUCCAUGGGAUCGUUUGGCAAAAAUGCGUGCCCUCGUACCAAAUAUUCCCUUUCAAAUGUUACUUCGUGGUGCCAACGCUGUAGGUUACACGUCAUACCCUGAUAAUGUAAUCUAUGAUUUUUGUAAACGCGCCAAAGAAACUGGAAUGGAUAUCUUUCGGAUAUUUGACUCUUUGAAUUACGUGGCAAAUAUGCGGCUGGGAAUCGAUGCUGUAAAAAAAGCUGGUGGUGUCAUUGAAGCUGCUAUUUGUUACACAGGCGAUGUAUCGAAUCCAAAUAAAAAGAAACAUAAUCUUGAAUAUUAUAUGAAUUUGACUCAGGAAUUAGUGAAUGAAGGGAUCCAUGUUCUUGCGAUAAAAGAUAUGGCAGGAUUAUUGAAACCUGAAGCUGCUAAAAUACUGAUCGGUGCUAUCAGAGCACGCUGGCCCGAUUUACCAAUUCAUGUACAUACUCACGAUACCGCCGGAACAGGAGUAGCUAGUAUGUUAGCUGCCGCGGCUGCUGGUGCUGAUGUUAUCGAUUUGGCCAUAGAUAGCAUGUCUGGAAUUACAUCACAGCCUUCGAUGGGAGCGGUUGUUUCUGCACUCGAUAAUACAGAACUUGGCACAGGAAUUCGAUUGGAGGAUGUACAUGCGUUGAAUGAGUAUUGGGAGCAAGUUCGCAUGCUUUAUAGUUGCUUUGAAUCUGGAGUUUUGGCUGCUGAUUCCUCAGUAUAUGAACAUGAAAUGCCUGGUGGACAAUACACAAAUUUAAUGUUUCAAGCUCAACAACUUGGUCUUGGAAAGAUGUGGAAAGAGAUUAAGAAAGCCUAUACAGAAGCUAAUAAACUUUGCGGAGAUAUUGUGAAAGUCACACCAAGUUCUAAGGUUGUCGGUGAUCUUGCUCAAUUUAUGGUGACCAACAAAUUGAAUUAUUUUGAUGUAAUCGAAAAAGCUAAAAAUUUAUCUUUUCCAGUUUCGGUAGUUGAAUUCUUUCAGGGAUACCUAGGACAGCCAUACGGAGGGUUCCCAGAACCUCUAAGAUCUGAUAUUAUAAGAGACCUUCCACGAAUUGAAGGACGACCUGGUGCUACUAUGAAAGAUUUAGAUCUAUCUGCCCUCAAAGUCGAGUUAACCCAAAAAUACGGAAGAACUAUUCGAGAUGUAGAUGUAUCCUCAGCAGCUAUUUAUCCUAAAGUUUUUGCUGAACUUAGGGAACAAAUCGAAAAAUAUGGUGAUCUUUCGGUUAUUCCUACUCGCUACUUUCUUUCGAAACCGGAUAUUGGCGAAGAAAUCAGUAUUGAGCUCGAAGAAGGGGUAACUUUAAUUAUCAAAUUUUUGGCCGUUGGUUCAUUAAAUACCUCUAGUGGAAAGAGAGAAGUAUUUUUCGAAUUGAAUGGUGAAGCUAGACCUGUCGCGAUAGAGGAUCGUAGUGCUGCUGUAGAACACGUACAACGCCUGAAAGCUAAUCCCAAUAAUCCUGGAGAAAUCGGGGCCCCUAUGUCAGGAGUAGUGAUUGAAGUUAGAACAAGUGAAGGAACUGAAGUUAAAGAAGGCGAUCCAAUUUGCGUUCUCUCGGCUAUGAAAAUGGAAACAGUAGUUUCAUCUUCAGUUUCUGGAAAAGUUGAUUAUGUCGCAGUCAAGGAAAGCGAUUCUUUGUCAGCUG